UGGGAAACGAAUCACAAUAAUGUGCAUUACAUUGGCAAUGCACACUGACAAGGUAACACAGUGUUCUCUCACAGGAARGUGCAGGUGUAAGGAGAAAAAGCUGACAGGUGUGUCCGACCUGUGUAAAAGCAAACAUGACUACGUGAUCAAAGCGAGCGUGCUGUCUGCUCACGACAAAGGCAGUCACGCUGAAGUGAGGGUCAAAGUUCGUAAGGUGCUCCGAUCAGGCCAGGCGGCGCUGCAKCACGGGACCACCAGUUUGUAUCCUCUGUCCUGGACCAGCCGAGGCUCUGCCUGCCCCGUCCUGAACCCAGGUAUGAAAUACCUGCUUGCAGGUCCAGAGGAGCCUGGAUCCGGCCGUUUGCUGGUCACCAAGCAGAGUGUAGUGGUUCCACUGACACCUCAAUUAGCUUUAUUUAUGUCGGAGAACAUGAGGAACGGGUGUCCCGGGUCCAAAACGUCAGAAUAUAAUUGAGAGAAUCUACGGGAUGUGUUAUUAAAACUGGAACAUUCCUGAAGAAAUACUGAAGAGUGGAAACAAAGCUGAAGCCCAAAGUUCCAUCAGCUGCUGAAUGAUACUCUUACAUAAGGAAAAACAUCCACAUUUUGACGUAUGAAGUGUAUAACAAGUGGAACCAAGCUCAAAAGAAAUAGCGUAUUAGGGUCACCAUGGUAACUGCACACCUAUAUCUCUCACUCCCUGACAGUUGAUUGAAGUGAGACAGACAAGAACAAGUUAAGCGUCAGUCAGGACUGUAGAUGAGUCUGACCUACACUGCACCAGCCAACGGUUUUAACAAUAGACCCCAUA